AAGCGCCGCACGGGCGCUCCUGAUUGGCUGUAGCUAAGCAGGGCUUUCUUCCGAGCUCCUUCGGAGCGCUCCCUCCCGCGUCGCCGGCAGUGUUCCAUUUCCACAGCUCCCCCUCCCUGGCCGCGCGCCCCUCCCGCCCCGCGCGCGCCUCCUCUUUCUCGCUGCCGAGUUCAGCCCGGGCAGCCGUAUGGGGGAUACGCCAGCAACAGAUGCCGGCCGCCAAGAUCUGCAUCCCUAGGCCACGCUAAGACCCUGGGGAACAGCGCAGGAGCCCGGGAGAAGGGCUGGAAGGAGGGGACAGGACGUGCGGAGAAUUCCCCCCUAAAAGGCAGAAGCCCCCGCCCCCACCCUUGAGCUCCGCUCGGGCCGAGCGCCUGCCUGCCUGCUGCUGCUGCGGGCGCCCACCUCGCCCAGCCAUGCCAGGCCCGGCCACAGACGCGGGGAAGAUCGCCUUCUGCGACGCCAAGGAAGAAAUUCGUGCGGGGCUCGAAAGCUCGGAGCGCGGCGGCGGCCCGGAGAGGCCCGGCGCGCGCGGGCAGCGGCAGAACAUCGUUUGGAGGAACGUGGUCCUGAUGAGCUUGCUCCACUUGGGGGCCGUGUACUCCCUGGUGCUCAUCCCCAAAGCCAAGCCACUCACUCUGCUCUGGGCCUACUUCUGCUUCCUCCUGGCUGCUCUGGGUGUGACAGCUGGUGCCCAUCGCUUGUGGAGCCACAGGUCCUACAGGGCCAAGCUGCCUCUGAGGAUAUUUCUGGCUGUCGCCAACUCCAUGGCUUUCCAGAAUGACAUCUUCGAGUGGUCCAGGGACCACCGAGCCCACCACAAGUACUCAGAGACGGAUGCUGACCCCCACAAUGCCCGCCGGGGCUUCUUCUUCUCCCAUAUUGGGUGGCUGUUUGUGCGCAAGCAUCGAGAUGUUAUUGAGAAGGGGAGAAAGCUUGACGUCACUGACCUGCUUGCUGAUCCUGUUGUCCGGAUCCAGAGAAAGUACUAUAAGAUCUCCGUGGUGCUCAUGUGCUUUGUGGUCCCCACGCUGGUGCCCUGGUACAUCUGGGGAGAGAGUCUGUGGAAUUCCUACUUCUUGGCCUCUAUUCUCCGCUAUACCAUCUCACUCAACAUCAGCUGGCUGGUCAACAGCGCCGCCCACAUGUAUGGAAACCGGCCCUAUGACAAGCACAUCAGCCCUCGGCAGAACCCACUCGUCGCUCUGGGUGCCAUUGGUGAAGGCUUCCAUAAUUACCAUCACACCUUUCCCUUUGACUACUCUGCGAGUGAAUUUGGCUUAAAUUUUAACCCAACCACCUGGUUCAUUGAUUUCAUGUGCUGGCUGGGGCUGGCCGCUGACCGCAAACGGGCAACCAAGCCGAUGAUCGAGGCCCGGAAGGCCAGGACUGGAGACAGCAGUGCUUGAACCUGGAACAGCCAUCCCACAUGUCUGCCGUUGCAACCUCGGUUCAUGGCUUUGGUUACAAUAGUUCUCUUGUACAUUGGAUCGUGGGAGGGGGCAGAGGGUGGAGAAGGAACGAAUCUAUGUGGUUUGGGAAUGUUUCUGUUUAUCUCAAAAUAAUGUUGAAAUACAAUUAUCAAUGAAAAAACUUUUUUUUUUUUUUUUUUUUUUUUUUUUUUGAGACAGAGUCUCACUCUGUCACCCAGGCUGGAGUGCAGUGGUGCAGUCUCAGCUCACUGCAGCCUCCACCUACUUGGUUCAGGCAAUUCCCCUGCCUCAGCCUCCUGAGUAGCUGAGAUUACAGGAGCCUGCCACCACGCCCAGCUAAUUUUUUUGUAUUUUUAGUAGAGACAGGGUUUCAUCAUGUUGGCCAGACUGGUCUCAAAUUCCUGACCUCAGGCAAUCCACCUGCCUCGGCCUCCCAAAGUGCUGGGAUUACAGGCUUGAGCCACCGGGCCCUGCCGAAAAAAACUUUUUUUUUUUUUUUUUUUUUUGAGACGGAGGCUCGCUCUGUGCCCCAGGCUGGAGUGCAGUGGUGAGAUCUCGGCUCACUGCAAGCUCCGCCUCCCAGGUUCACGCCAUUCUCCUGCCUCAGCCUCCCGAGUAGCUGGGAGCCACCGCGCCCAGCCUAAAAAACUUUUUGAGUCAAUAUUACUACGAUUUAACAUUAGAGUGUGGACAUGUGAUUUAAUCGCUGUAGCUAAAAUACGUCAAAUAUACAUUGUCAUGUGCUUCAACAUGAUGCUAACCCUGACAGGAUGAAGGAAAGUAAUAUUCUUUCAGUGUGGUUCAGGAGAGCAUUUGUUUUAUUUUCUACCAAUUAACCCAGCAUUGCUUUUAAACAACCAUCUGAAGGAGCAGAGAGGCAGGGUAGAAGACAGAAGGGGAGGUCUAUGUGGUAACUAAAGAAUGUUUCUGUUUUGUAAUUAUUGUAUGUGUGUGGUUUUUUUGUUUGCUUAAGAGAAUCAAAAACAAAAAAUGAGAAUACAGGAAAUGGCUCUUGUUUAUUUUUUUGCUGUUUACAGCUUGUGAAUGCUCUGCUGUCUUUGCUUCAAGAGAGAUUUGUUCACUGCCCAGCUCGUUUUUUGUCCUGAGCCCUAUGCCCAGCCCACCUUAUAAAUCAUGCCUGUUUAGAUGUUUGAUUUUGUUCUGUUUGCCAUUGUUAUCUUAAAGGUGUAUAACUCUGACAUGCCAGACAUCAAAUUAAGCUCAAAUUAAGCUCUUGUUUAAAUGUUUAAACACCUAAUUUAUAUUCUAAUUGAUCCCAGCCACUGAUGCAUGUACUUUAGCUACUUCUGCUAAAUAAGCAUAUUAAUUUUCCACAUCAGGCCAUCAGAUCCUGAGAACCAACAGUUAUCUAGAAUUCCGUGUCUACUAAUGUUUCACCUGCAUGCAGCCUUCAUUGAUUUUGUAGCAAAAUAUAAAGUGAUCAUUAUGUAGCUUCUGGAUUAAAAAAUUUUGUGUGUGAAGUUGCUUUGUAAAGUGCAUGUGGAAUUAAUGGGACAGCGUGCCCUUUGUGUUAGAUGUUAGAGCAAAAGAAAGAGCUUAUAGUGUUAGUAUUGGAGCACUUUGAAGAUAGAUAUUUUCAGAAAAGAUGUAGGAUUUGAAAGUUAAAUUUUAAAUUUUAGAAAAAGAUAUGAUGACAAUUGGAAAUAGUCACAAUGAAGUUCUUCAUCCAGUAGGUGUUUAACAGUGUUAUUUUGCCAUUGAUAAUGUGUAAACUGUGAUUUACAAUAAAUGAUUAUGAAUUCA